AAAAGAGAUUAUUCAUAAAAGCUCGCGUCCCUUUUAAACGAACAUUUACACGUUUACAUGCAGUCGCGUUCGGUGCAGUGACGUGAUACGCCUUUCCGGAUUAGCUUCUGAUAGCAGUGAUAAAAAUUGCAUAAACUUUAUUCCUUUCACAGUGCGGAUUAUUUAUAGUGUACCUACACUAAAACUAUGUAAUGGACCAUUCAGACUAUGUGAUAACUAAAUGUGACCAUGCGGGUGUUGUGUUAGUGUCAUUGAGAGAGCGCACCGGCGACUGAACCAUAAUGGGAUGACCGGAAAUACGGAUUCAUGGAAAAGGUUUGGCGUCGAGUCGGUCUCCAUUCCUCCCGCAAGAAGAGGGAUGGAAGCGGAACGAGCCAGGAAGUGACGCCAUCCGCUCCACCUGAGGCCGAGUAUCAGAACAUACAUACUUUGAGAACAGCUGAUUUGAUAAGACAAAGACAGGGGGAGGAGAAGUCGACCCUUCGCUCUUCUUACAUUAUAAGGAACGGGGAUAACUUUAUUCUUGUGGAGAGAAGGCGUAGGCGUCGUCGUAGAAGUGGUACCAGGGCUUCAUCGGGGAGCAGGCACCAUACGCCGCCGGUGGAGGAGACUCGAACCGAGCAGAAGCGACGGCCUCCAGCUCGGCUGAAGAUCUUUGGCAUCCAAUGGCCGUUGCAUUCUAGUGACUCCAGACACACCUCGAUCACCCGGCGGUUCUGCCGCGGCCGACGCUCCCGAGACGACAACGAGCUCUACCGCUCCAACAGCUUCAAAUUCGAGCGGUUCUCCCGAGAGCAGCCGGCGGAUGAGUUCGCUUCUCAGGCAGCCCUUUGCGCUGACUACAGCGUGCCAGCCGACUGCAUAGCUGCCGGCCCCGCGCCCCGGCCUAGCUCCUUCCAUGAAAUAUCUGCACCUAAAGUUGAAUUCAUAGAGGCAUACUGCACACCUCGCGACACAGCGCGCCGCUCGCCGCAGCGCAGCCGCCGCUCCCGCGAGCAACGCCGCUCCCCAGACUCCGCCAGAUGGCGCUACGACACACGCCGUAGCAACUACGACUUCGACUCGUGCCGUCGUCCUUACGACUACGAAUCAGGGAGACGAUACCCUGGCAGAGAAUUCGACGGGGAUUCCGGUAGACGCGUGGAGUUUGACGCUGAGUCAGCUAGAAGACGAGCUGAUUACGAAUCGGCAAGGAGGACGGACUUUGACUUGUCAGCUCCUGGCGUGUCUAGGAGAAGCCCUGAGAGCGCGCCAGAGGGCUCGGCUGAGUCACCGCCGGAGCCAGCGCCGUCGGCGCCGCUUAGACACGAGCGACAGCCCAGACAUCGCUCACAACCUUACUACGAAUCUGAAUCAACAUCCGAAGAUCCUUCGUCAUCGACGGACGGAGAGGAAGACGAAUUUGGCGAAUUCGAUCCUUUUGCGACUGCACCAUCUCUGCAUUCUCCCGAUAGCGGUCGCUCAGACCCGAGAUACGCCAACGCACCGCGUAGGAACCCUAGUCCUUAUUACUACGGCGACCUGUUCAAAACGCCUGCCCUCCGCCGCCGGCUCCGUCGGCCCCGACGGCGUCCACCACUUCUUCAUCACGCGGCCCACGCUAUAGAAAGUCCGCCAGCUUAG